UGGCGGGGCCCGCGAACCAGGAAGCGCGUUUCUCUUGUGCGGCUGCGGGCUGGGCAGGCGCAGGCAGCAGGGGGCGCCUUGGGCUCCGUUCCCGCCGGGGGGGGUCGUACCAAGCCCUGAACACCUUACUCCAGACUGCAAGGAGGUACCACACUUCACAGCUGGAAACUUUCUCUUAGAGUCCUUUUAGCUGAAUACUCUGAGCAGAACUGCACUGAAGUUUUUAGGAGCCCCAAGAGAACCAUUCUCCUAUGUCACAUCCACACAGUUCAUCAGACCAAGCUUAGAAAUGGAUACCCACAAAGAAGCUCAGCCCAAAGGAGUCUUUGAGUGCCAGUUAUGUGGAUUAACAGCUCCAUACAGUUAUUAUGGGCAGAAACCUCCCAACACAUGCUCUAUUGUCCUCCUGGAAGAAAGCUAUGUCAUGAAGGAUCCUUUCACCCCCGACAAGGACAAAUUCCUUAUCCUCGGAUCACAGUGCAGUUUGUGUACCAGGCGGGUGUGUGUUGGCACAGAAUGUAGUCUAUUCUACUCAAAAAGGUUCUGCCUCCCCUGCGUUAAGAAAAACCUGGAAGAGUUUCCUUUGGAAAUACAAGAAGACUUGGAUAAAAAAAAGUCCCACUAAAAAUCUUCCUUCUCUAUGACAGCGGAGGGGUGUCAAACAAGGCCUGCAGGCCACAUCUUGCAUGCGGACCUGUCUCAUCUGGGAUGCAGGACUUCUGGAGAGGCUGGGAAUUUUGAGGACAGUGCAACAGGGCAUGACUCAUGGUCAAAUUCCAGGAAGAUGGAGCCUACUUGAGGACUCAUGUUGGUGGUGGCCAUGGGUGAAUAACAGCAGUGUUAACCCCUGUGGCACUCUGAGUUGAGACAGCAGCUCAGGUACCUGCAGUGGUUAAUGCCACUGCUGCUUGCUCUGCUGUCUGAGAUGGGUCUAAACCCAGCCUUUGAGGAGCCCUGUGCUCCAGAUCCAGCCCACAGAGACAAAUGAAUUUUACACCUUUGUGACAGAGGAAUGACUUUCAUCAACUUACCACAAGUAAGUCAUGAAAGGAAUCAUCAUGAAAGUACAUUCAAAUUCAGACAUUCCUGGGUUUGCAAUGAAGGCACCAUGACACUGACUUGGUGCAGGAAAAUUAGAAAUGGAAACAGGCUGCCCUGUAAUCAUAAUCCAAAUGACAUGUACAAAAAGUAACACCAUAAAAUAUUAAAAAGUACAAUUUAAAAUUCUGACUUUUUAAAUGAUAAUCAGUCAUGUUGGAUACUAAUACAAAAAUGUUUUUAAUGGGCAGGCAGAUUGUCAACUGGUAUAAGCCAACAUACUUCUAUGGAACUUAGUUUACACUACCCAAGAAUAAAUACUAUCAUCUAAUCAGGUAGGUUGUUUCCUACCAAAGCUCACACCUCUCUGAGCCAGUCUGCCUCUAAGGUUCCACCCUGCUUUACCAUCUGUCUACCUGACAAUCUAAUCUAAGCUUGUCAGCCUGACAGUCUCACUUUAACAAAUUUUAGGUAGACAGAAGAAUCUGAUACGUCACACUUUCAAAAGUGAGAACACACAGAACACAGAGUUGACAUUUUUGAAAACACUUUGGUGUUUGGUCACAUGAGGGUGAUCUUGGACGGGGCAGCUAACUUUCUUGCGUGAUGUUUUUCUUUACAAGUGAGAAAGAGCUGGUGCCUUUCAUUUCACUGUCAGGUAAGGUCAAAAUGCAAAUAAAGCUCAGCAGGAUAGCCAGCAAGAAGUUCCAUCGGGUCUGAACUGGGCAACUAAAUGACAGCUGAAGUAGGAAUUCAAAUAGAAUUAAAUUUACCAUAUUUACUCAAUUCCAAGAUAAGGAGAGAAGGGGAGGGCCCGAGGCUGCGUGGGGGAUAGACACAGCCACAAUGGGUUUAGGUGGUGGUGGAGGGACAGACAGGAGGGGGCAAAUUACCUGCUCCCUACCUGUCCCUUUGCAGUCCCCCCAAUCCCCACCCUGUGCUUGCUACCUCCACUGCUUUCCCCAAUGCAGUGGUGUUUGGGGCAAAUUUAAGAUGAUCCUCCAAUAAUUAGAUUUCUAUACAUGGAAAAAUUAUAACAAAUUUAUAAAGUUUCCACAUAUGGAAUCUAAUUAUUGGGGUGGGCCAUCUUAAAUUCAGGGUCAUUUUGGAUUUGGGUAAAUAUGGCGAGUCAUGGAUAGGUUAAGCAAUUACUAUGGGAAAGAAUUACCUGGCUCAAGUGUUUUCUUCAUGAUCAUCUUAUUGGCUUUGCUACAGUUGCAUGGACUAUUUAUAAAAUAUUCACAUAAAGUCACUUGGAUGCACAUCUCUUAAGGAAACAUCUAGAAUGCUUCAUGAACACAUGAAAACACUGUUGGUAGGGGACCUUGCUAGUCUUCUUCUCUAGGAAUGUAAUGUCUUGGUUAACAUCUCCCAUGUUCUCAGCUUUUGUAAUAUACUAUGACUGUAUAGUAUAAAAGUGGACUGUAUAGUUAAAAAAGUGGACUGUUUUGGGUAUAUUAAACCAUUUAUUUUUUAUUAAAAAUGAAUGUCUAAUCCAGUAUUGAGUUAUUUUAAGUACUUUUGGGCAAAGACAGUCAUUUAGUUCAGCACUUGUUCAGCAUCUGGUACAAGAGGCCUGGUGGGUUUGUAGACACCACUUCAAUACAACUUAAAGUUACUUCCCUUCUCAAGCUUUGAAGGACAGUACUUCUAUGAAAAUUAGAGUUAAUUUAGCUCACUAAAUAAGGCAUGGAUAAGUAUGUGAUCUAAGCUAAAAGACUACUAUACUCAGUAUUCAUAUCCCUAAGUGUUGUGACAGUAACUUAACAACAUGCAUGGCUGACCCCAGCCAGAUGUGAACUUGUAGCUUAGUAGUCAAAUUCUGGAACUCAUUACUGUUUUUGAACCAUUUCUCACGGUGUAAAGACCUACAAUAAACUAUGUACUUCCAAAUCCCACAUUGCUUAUAAGAAC